GCCACUGCCGGACCAGAAGUGAUGAAUGCAUCAAUGGCAGCUUUUCAUCCUAUUCGACCUUUUGAGCCUUGCUACGAUUCCACCCACAUCAAAUGCUGGACCGACUGGUUUGACAGAGAUGACCCCAGUGGAAGUGGAGACUGGGAAACCCUAUCCUUGCUGCGCAGAAGAUAUCCCGGAAAGAUCUGUGACAAGCCCGCAGACAUCGAGGUCCAAACUGUGUCUGGCAUCCCUUUGUCUCAAACAAGGGAUGUGAUUGAUAAAAGUGACACCACUACAGGGUUUAUCUGCAGAAACAGUGACCAGCCCUUGAUGGGGGGGAGGAGGAGGAGGAGGUGCAGAGAUUACCGUGUUCGUUUCAGCUGCCCCCUUCCUUUCUGUGGCGGAAGAGUGUGCUGGACAAAGUGGUUUAAUCGGGAUCAUCCCAGUGGAAGCGGAGACUGGGAAACGCUGAGGAGCCUUAGACGUGAGAACCCGGGGCAAAUCUGUGCCAACCCGCUGUUCAUUGAGGCCGUCACCGUCCACACGUUGAGGCCAGCCAUCUACACAAGAGAUAACAUCUAUGUGUACAACCCAACUGAGGGAUUCGUCUGCCGGAAUUCGGAUCAGAGAUACGGCAGGUGUCAGAAUUACCAGGUUCGCUUUGCGUGCCUGUGCUGA